CAGGCCCCCACCGCAGGCCCCCCCUGCAGGCGGGGCCCCUCGCUCUCAGCGCCUCCUGCUCACGGGCCCUUUGCAUACAGCUCCCAGAUCACAGCGAGAACAAGCCCUCCCCACAGCUGCCUCGGGCAACUCGCCCCCAGGGUCACCACAGAGCCAUCAGUACCAGGGAGAGAACCCAGGAGUCCUGGCGCCCAGCCCCACCAACCACUCCUGCUCCAGAGCCGGGGGUGGAACCCAGGAGUCCUAGCGCCCAGCCCUCCCCAUCCCCCAAAAUAAAGGCUGUCGUGUUAACUGGAAGCGCAAGUGGCUACAAAUGGUGGCUGUGCCGAGCUGCUGCUGGGCUCAGUUCCUGCUUUCUCUCUCUGUGCCAGCAGCACUGCAGCCCACGGGGGGCAGAGGCCUUGCCAGGGGGGGAGCUGAUUCUUGGGAAACCUUCACGCAAACGGCCUCAAAUCUGGACCAGUGACAUUACCCGGGAUGCCCAUGUGGCACAGCGAUUUUCACAUCAAGCCAACUUCACAGGGACUGUUAAUGACCAGGAAGAAACCGACUGUAGGGGUUGAUUUUCUCACAUCUGCUACCGCGAGUUCUCAUGCCAGGGUGCUGGCACUGCGGGAGACAAGACGGGCCUCGGUUCCGGUCCAGCUGGGCGUUGCCUGAGGAUCUCUGCCCGUUGAGCUCGGCGCAAUCGUGGAUCACGGAGCCGCGUGGGGGGCAGCAUCCGGGACUCGGUGGGACAGAUGCUUCCCUGACCCUCGUGGGAUACUUGUCCCUCACGUGACCUGGAGCUUCGCAACAAGAUGACCUCCUCCAAUUGCAGCAACAACAGUAGCAGCAGCAGCUCAGCAGACACGGUCUUCGUGGGCCUCUACGCCCUCAUCUUCACUCUGGGGCUGGUGCUCAACCUGGCCGCGCUUUACAUCUUCUUCCGCUGCAGCAGCAUCCGCUCCCUCACCACCGUCUACAUGAAGAACCUGGCUGUCUCCGACCUGCUCCUGGUGGUGUCCCUGCCCGUCCGCAUCUACUACUACAGCAAGCGGCCCGACCUGGGGGACCAGGUCUGCGAGAUCACGGGGCUGCUGCUGCUGGUCAACAUGUACGGGAGCAUCUUCCUGCUGACCUGCAUCAGCUGGGACCGCUGCAUGGCCGUCUGCUUCCCGAUGCACCCGUGGGUCCAGACGCUGCGCAAGCAGGCCAAGUACAUCUGCCUGGGUGUCUGGCUGCUGAGCUGUGCCGGCACCGUGCCCACCUACUUCACCCGGAUGAAGGAAGACGGGACGAUGAAGCACUGCUUCGACAACCAGCCCAAGUACGUCACCCGGCGCAGCGUGUCCUCGGCCAUGGCCCUGUGCUUCGCCCUGCCGCUGCUGGUCAUGGUGGUCUGCUCCUGGGCCCUGCUCCGCGCCAUCCACCGCAGCGCGGCCGCCCAGAUGGAGCUGGUGAACAGCGCCAAGAUCCGCAGCAUGAUCGUGGCCAACGUCACCAUCUUCCUGGGCUGCUUCCUGCCUUUCCACCUGGUGCUGAUCUGCUACCAGGUAGACGCCCUGAAGGGCGAGACGCUGGACUUUUCCUACCGCUGCACCUUGCUGGUGGCCUCCGCCAACGCGGCCCUGGACCCGCUGGCCUAUUACUUCGCCACCGAGACCUUCCAGCGCAUGGUGGUGAUGGACAACCUACGCAAGGCCUGGGGCUUUCACACCGACAGCGCCGAGGGGCAGAGCCGCUCCCAGACCGCAUUCAGGCAGUGCAUCUACCUGCAGAACAUCAUGGCCGUGCCAAACAGCACCCCGCUGGUGGGGAGCCCCAGCAGGGAGCCCCGGAGCUAACGGGCCACACAAGGCCCCCUGGGCAGGGCACAGGGCAGUGGGACGUGAGUGAGGGAGGAGGGUAUUUUGUUACAUGGGCAACCCAGGUUGAGGGUGUGGCUGGCUUGGGUUACAGUGGGUGCUGG